UCCUUUCUUUCUCUCUUUUCUCCUUUUAAUAUACCUUGUUUUCUUCCUCCUUGUGUUUUGACCGUUGCCUUUUUUUUCUCAACGUCUUUCUCUGUUCACACACACUUCUCUCUCUCUCUCUCACUGAUUCCUUCUCCACACACACCUCAUGAUCAAAACUCUGUCGCUUUCCUUCAACCUCAUUGUAAGGUGUGCUUCUCCCUUCUAACCUUCACUUUUUUUUCUUCUUAACCCAAUGUUAACAUGUGUUUGUCAUUUUUUUUUUUCUUUGUACUGGUUAUUCUCCACUUGUAACCAACAUAUACACUUUCUUUGGGUGUUAGAAGCAUGAAAUUCAAAAAGGGUGUCAUUGAAAAUUUUGUCUUCCUGAAAACGGAUUUAUGAUUUCUUUAUGAAUCUGGUGAGACAUAGAGAAAGGUUCUCCUUUUGUUUCCAUUUCAAUGCAAGCUUGAGACAUUCAUUCAUAGGGGACUGAGAAGAGAUGGGAUGUUCACAUUCAAGGUUGGAUGAUGAAGAGGCAGUUCGGCUUUGUAAAGACAGAAAGAAGUUCAUCAGACAAGCUGUUGAACAAAGAACUCAAUUUGCCACGGGACACAUAGCAUACAUAGAAUCUCUUAAAAGGGUUUCAGCUGCACUUCGCAAUUACAUUGAAGGCGAUGAGCCUCGCGAGUUCUCAUUAGACACAGUCAUCACCCCACCUUUCACGCCUGUGAAGAGGAAAACUGGCUCAGGAUUCAUUCCCAUAUCAGCAAAACCCUUUGCUACAACAGGAGCAAUUGAGUUUGGGAUCGGACCAAACUCUACUUUGAAAGUGAAUUACCUUAGGCCUGGUGGUAACCCAGCAAUUUCAGUUGAGGAAAGGCCUCAAUCCCCGGAAAGGGUUCAGGUUGAGACGUACUAUGGCAUUGAUGGAUUUUUCAACAUGCAAUCCUCACCAGUGAAUCCCUCAAUUUUUGCUUACUCUCCCAAUAAUAGGACUACUAUCCCUCCCCCUUCACCUCAUUCCCAAUGGGAUUUCUUUUGGAACCCUUUUUCAUCAUUGGACAGUUAUGGUUAUCCUUCUGGAGGUAGCAUUGAGCAAACUGCAAUGGAUGAUGAAUACAGAGGACUUAGGCAGGUUAGAGAAGAAGAGGGAAUACCAGACCUGGAAGAAGAUGAAACUGAACAUGAAGAUUGUGUUGGAAAGAGAAAUGUAGCAGAAGAAAGAACUAGGCACGAUAUAAAUUCUUCCAAAGAAGUUAUUGUUGAAGAUUUUAAUGAUGAUGAUGAUGAGGAGGAGGAGGAGGAGGAAGAGGAGGAGGAAGAAACAGACAUUGAAGAUGAAACUGAAACUGAGCACAAUGCCAAAGAUUCACAAGCUCAUGGUAGUGCAAGUUUUGAAGUAUCAAAAGCUGAAGCUGCUGGUCAUAUUGAAUCCAGACAUAGGGAAAUGACAAUUGGUAAACAAGAAGCUGUGGAAGAUACACCAGGUUUUACUGUUUAUGUAAACAGAAGGCCAACAAGCAUGGCAGAAGUGAUCAAUGAUCUUGAAACUCAAUUCACAGUUGUCUGCAAUGCAGCCAAUGAUGUCUCAGCAUUGUUAGAGGCCAAGAAAUCUCAGUAUUUAUUGACAUCUAAUGAGCUUUCAGCAUCUAAGUUGUUGAACCCAGUAGCUCUGCUCCGAUCAGCUUCUUCACGCUCUUCUUCAUCUAGAUUUUUGGUGAAUUGUUCGAGCACUAGCGCAGAAGGUUGUGGUGAGGGCACUAAGGAUCUCUCAGCGGAACAUUGUAUGUUAUCCGGUAGUCACCAUGCCACAUUGGAUAGAUUAAAUACAUGGGAGAAGAAGCUCUAUGAGGAAGUCAGGUCUGGAGAACGUGUCCGAAUUGCAUAUGAAAAGAAAUGCAAGCAACUCAGGAACCUUGAUGUAAAAGGAGAGGACCCCUCUUGUGCAGAUAAAACAAGAGCAGCCAUUAGAGAACUAGAUACCCAGAUAACAGUUUCAAUACACUCAAUUGAAGCUAUUUCAAGGAGAAUCGAAACUCUAAGGGACAAAGAGUUGCAUCCCCAACUUCUUGAAUUGGUGCAAGGGCUGGAAAGGAUGUGGAAAGUGAUGGCAGAAUGCCAUCAGACACAGAAGAGAACCUUAGAUGAGGCUAAGAUUCUUCUAGCUGGCACUCCUUCUAAAUCACGUGCCAGAAAGCAGUCUUCCAUUUCAAUGACUGAUCCAAACAGACUGGCCCGUUCAGCCUCCAAUCUUGAAUUCGAGUUAAGGAACUGGAGAAAUGCCUUUGAGUCAUGGAUCACUUCUCAGAGAUCCUACAUUCAUGCACUAACCGGAUGGCUUCUUCGGUGCAUGAGAUUUGAGCCUGACGUAUCAAAGUUACCAUGCUCUCCCCGUAGGUCCAGCAGCACUCACCCUUUGUUUGGACUAUGUGUUCAGUGGUCAAGGCGCCUAGAUGCAAUACAAGAAAAGGCAGUGCUUGAUGGCUUAGACUUUUUUGCAGCUGGAAUGGGGUCCCUCUAUGCACAUCAGUUAAGAGAAGAUUCUAGGAGAAACUCAUUUGGAUCAAAACAAAGCAAUGGGAAUAUGGAAAUGGUGGAAGUUGGUGAGGUGGAAGAGGUAAUGGCUCCAGAGAAACUGGCUGAAGUUGCUAUCAAGGUGCUUUGUGCUGGAAUGUCUGUUGCUAUAAGCUCACUGGCAGAGUUUGCUUUGGAUUCUUCUGAGGGGUACAAUGAAGUUGUUAAGCAAUGGGACAAUGGGAAGUGUCAAAAUACUACUUCUAGUGAGACUAGAACAUAAAUGUCUCACAUUUUGUGUUAAUUAGUUUAGGCUUGUUUAGAAAUGGGUGUAUGAGAAUGUAAUUAUGUAUUUAACUAACCAAUACAAAAGGUAGAAUAGCAAGGGAAAUUGCACCCCAUGUUGUUAAAGUGGAUUUUCUUUUUUCUUUUUCUGUUUCUGCCUUCUCCUGCAGCCACAUUAAAUCCCUAGCUUCCCUCAAUUAAUUUCAACUAGCAUU